UUCUUUUCUUUUCUUUAAUCCAGUAUACAUAUGUUAUGUCCCCUCCCGCACGCUUUGUCACUUCUCCUGGUAACAUAUUUGCCAACUACCUGCUGAGUCUGUGUGUGAUCCCAAAGACCAAACACCUGUGUCAUUCCGGCAGGAUCCAUACGAAGGUGCAUAGUGCUGUAUCCAAACCCCACAAGUGUCCGCACUGCUCCAAAACCUUCGCCAACGGCUCCUACUUGGCCCAGCACGUGCGCAUCCACUCGGGGGCCAAGCCGUACAGCUGCAGCUACUGCCAGAAGGCCUUCCGCCAGCUCUCUCACCUCCAGCAGCACACACGAAUUCACACUGGAGACCGCCCCUAUAAAUGCGUUCAUCCGGGCUGUGACAAGGCAUUCACCCAGCUGUCUAACCUGCAGUCUCAUCGGCGACAGCAUAAUAAAGACAAGCCAUUCAAGUGCCAUAACUGUCAUCGAGCAUAUACGGACUCGUCUGCCCUGGAUGUUCACAUGUCAACUCACACAGUAAAGCAUGCCAGGGUUUACACCUGCUCCAUCUGCAGUCGAGCAUACACCUCAGAGACAUAUCUGAUGAAGCAUAUGAGAAAGCACAAUGCACCAGAUGUUCCGCAGCAAGCAUCUCCCUCACAGGUCCUGACUUCUCAGGCACAUUACACCCCAGUUUCUCAAGCCCAGGCACCUGAUGGGCCUCAGUGCUCCUUUGACAUGAAUCCCUUCAAGACUGAUCAUCACAAAAACUUAUGUUUGACUGUGUCCACCAGCACCAUACAAGUGGAACAUUUGGCUAGUUCUUAAAGGGAAAGAAAGCAUAAACUAAACACCUAUACGGGGGUGGGUGAAAUGG